GCUUUUAUUCCCCCGCACAUCAAACCCCAUUUCUCCAUGUAAAUGUAAUCCUCUCCUCUCUCCUCUCCUCUCCUCUCCUCUCUUCGCCUCUUUCAACAAAAGGAUAUCAGCCAAAGAAGAAACAAGGCUUUUCGUUUCAACUUCAUGAACGUAGAACCCGCAAAAAUGACCCACCAUUAUCUCGUUCAGCCUGGUGAGCAAGCUCAUCCCCAGCUUCCAGAAGAACCCAAGACAAGUGAUUAUCAGCAGCCUGACGACGUCGUUCAUGUUGAGACAGGAAGUUCAGGGAUGGAAACCUGCCAGUAUGACAGUGAUAGAAAUGAUAGAGAAAUUAAUAGCGAGGGAAGCUCGUUACAGGGUCAGUCUUCGUCAGCUCCGACUCCAGUAGUUGUCGACGUAACAAAAGAAGCAAUGAGGGCUCAAGAGUUGGAAGAAGAGAAUGGACGGGAGAGACUGAGGAGGCAUAGGAUUGAAGUGGCAGGCAGGGUUUGGAUUCCUGAAAUAUGGGGUCAGGAAGAGCUUUUGAAGGAUUGGAUUGAUUGUUCUGCAUUCGAGGCUUCUUUGGUACCUAGUGGGAUUAUGUCAGCUCGUGCAGCUUUGAUUGAAGAAGGAAGAACAGCAAAUUCUGGCAGAUUUAGAAUAGAAAACAGAUGUUAAUUAAUUAUUAAAUCUUUUGUUUGUUUUCUAAUCAAGAUUGAAAAAAACAAAAAUACAUGCCAAUGGUUGGUUUUCUCUCUUUGCCUGUGAUAUUUGCCCAAGUGAUUGUUUUGUUUUGUAGGCGAUGUAAUGAUGAAUCUGGUAAAAUCUUUUUAGUUACGAAAAAUGAGCUUUGAUUUAGUCUUCGGGUAAGUAAGAUUGAGAUUGCUUUCGUUCAUCUAUUUACUCAGAUAAGCUGCUACUGCUGCAUUAGAGAGAAAUAAUCAAAUCUAAUAUGUACC